AUUUUUGAGUUUUUGAGUACGUGCAGCAAGCAAUUGUUUUCCUCCAAUUAUUUCUAUUUCCGAGUAAAUUGAAAACAUCCGUCUUAAAAAUGUCAAACUUUCCUGGGAAUUAUGGUCAACAAGGUUAUAACUCUGGCCCUUAUGGUCAAAAUUUUCAAGCAAGGCCAGGCUACCAAGGUAUGCAUGGAUAUCACGUACCACCUGGGCAGCCACAAAAUCCUGGUUACGGACAGGGUUACCCUGGACAACAACCCAUUACAUUCUGCAAGUAUGGGAGGUUAUCCCUCAGCACCACCACAUGGCAUUGCUCCACCACCUGGGGCAGACCCCACUUUAUGGAACUGGUUUAUCACAGUUGAUAAUGAUAAGUCUGGACAAAUUACAUCUAAUGAGUUGAAACAAGCAUUAGUGAAUGGCAAUUGGACACACUUCAAUGAUGAGACUUGUCGCUUGAUGAUUAGUAUGUUUGACAAAGACCAAUCAGGAACAAUUAAUUUCCAAGAAUUCUGCAAUCUUUGGACUUAUAUCCAACAAUGGAAAGGAGUUUUUGAUCGUUAUGAUAUGGACCAUUCUGGUGCUAUAGAGACACAUGAACUUCAAACUGCUCUCAAUGAUAUGGGCUACAGACUCUCACCAAUUUUUACCAAUAUCUUGAUUACACGGUUUGAUACAGUUGCCCGUCGCAGUAUGAAGUUAGACAGCUUUAUUCAAUGUUGUGUGAUGCUUCGACUUCUCACCGAUGCAUUCCGUUUGCGAGACACUAACUUAACUGGGAUUAUUAAUGUCAGCUAUGAAGACUUCAUGUGCAUGGUUAUUGAAAAUAAGUCUUGAAAAUCGAUUACAUGUGAGAACACUUUUUGUGACAUCUUUGAUGAACAAUGAGUGUGACCAAGUGUAAUGUGAAAGCAAGAUUCACACUCCACAUUAGAGUAUCGAUUUCGUGUUGUAUGUACUUGUUGUUCUACAAUAAAAUAUUUCUAAAUUA